AUGUCUUCUCCCCAGAAUACUACCUCCACUGAAAUGGACCGCAGAUCUUCAUUAAGAACUCGAGUUCAAAAACAAUCCGAUAUUAAAGAACCAUCAAAUUCAGCUCAAAGAUCUCUCGGACCUCUUCCCAAGCAAGCCACGACUACCACCGGAACACUUGCCCCGUCUUCAAUAAAUACUACGGCCACAACAUCAGCAACUGCUGAUACAGCUAGAAAGUAUCGCUCAAUUUAUCCAAAGCAGGAUCCCGACCUAAUCCCAAGUGAACAAUUGAAUCACACAGCUAUACCUCCUGCCACCCGUCCCUUUUCUUCUUUUUCACUUAAAAAGAAGACAAGACUUUACAAAAAGGCCCCACCUUCAGUAUUAGAAAGACAGGCACUCCCGAGAUCAUCAUCUUUCAUUGCAGAUUCUACAAACAGGUCCCCAAAGGGACACAAUAAGAAGUCAACUACUUUAGCCACAAAGUCUAUCCGUCUUCCUCUUACUCACAAGGCAAGUUACAACCCCGAAUCUCAGGAUGAAGAUAAAAAGCCAGCUACACAAUCAACAAUGGCACCAAAACAAUCUACAAGUUCAUCCCAGGAUCCAACUCAGAAAAGUAACAAGCGUAGUCGUGAGAAGUUUGAGGAACCUGAAAAGACUUGCAUGAUUAGUUGUGGUCUCGGCGGUCAACUGGAAGAUUACGCGACAUUUUACUUCACAGAAACCGUUUUCGAAGCUUUACUCGAAAUCGUACCCCACUUUAACAAGUUUCGCAAGCCUUACUCCAACUCCGUCUAUGUUCGCGGAUACAUGGCCUCAUCUUUCAGAGUCAUCAUUCAAUGGCUUACUAAGGGUACAGUUAUGCCACUAGAGUUGCAUAAGCCAGGACGAGCCGAAGGUCUUUCUAACUACCGUUUUGUCGACGCGUACAUCAUGGCAACCGAUUUCCAUAUCCCUCGAUUGUGCGAUGAGCUUAUGGAUUUGGCUAUGAGAGAGUUUUGGGGUGGGGAUGAUAAAGCAGCCAUUCUACCAGAUGUUCGGGACUUUAGUACCGUUUAUUCACAAACUGAUCCGGGUAAUCCUUUGAGAAAGCUCUAUAUUGCUGUUUUUGACUGGCUCUUGACCUCCGAUGAAUCCAACAAAGACACCGGUAGACCCAAGAUUCCUAGUCACGAGCUUUGGAGCCUCCUUUCCCGCUCUGAAAAUGCCGGUAUCGACUAUAUUGAAUACUGCAGAAGCCAAAUCACAGAUCGCGGAACUUAUGAGCAUCCUCUCGAUCCACGAAAAUGGAACCUAUGCGAAUUGCAUCAGCAUUUUUCUCAUCAUGACUGUCCUAUUUCGAUCAAGCGUAGUAAUGCGGCUGUAGAGGAUGAUUGA